AUGCCAGGCUCUAGUUUAUCUUUGUCUAGUAGCGACGAUUCAUCGGACGAAAGUUCGACUUCAUCUGGAAGCUCAUCGUCGUCGAGUUGUAGUUCAUGCUCGUCAAGUUGUAGUUCAUCGUCGUCCAGUAGCGAUGAUUCAUCGGACGAAAGAUCAACUUCAUCUAGAAGUUAUGCGCAAAAUUUUAAUUUGAAACGCAAAUUUGAUGAAGAUUUGGACGAAUCGAAUAAAAAAAUAUGUUGUGAAUUGCAGUACGAGGUUGACAAUGAUUGGUCGUUUGAAAAUUACCCUUGGCUGUUGGACCCGGAACGUGAACUUAAUGCUACAAAGAGUACUCACGACUUAACGACUGCAGAAAAUGGCAUGACGACUAUUAGAGGUGCAGAUGUUGGUACAGAAAUGAAGACUCGAGAUUUUUACUGGUAUCCUUCCGUGGAAAAUUAUAGUUGUCUAGGAAAAGAUUAUUUCGAGAGUAUGUUCUUAAAUUCAAUUUCUAUGAUAAAAAAUCCCGUUAUUUCACCGGAAGGCUAUAAAAGGCCUGAAAUUAUUGUUGGAAAUGAUCCGGACUCUGUUAAAGACUCAGGUGAUGGUACAGGAAUAGAAAAUAUGCCAAAGGAUUUUGUUGCUAAUAUGGGACCAAAUGUUAACAACUCUGUUGAUGAUCAACACAAGAAAUCAAAUAUUGGCGAGGAAAAUACCAGUUAUUCUGAAAAGGUUGAUUUAGCCAGUAUGUCCCAAAAUCAGGUUUUCGAACCAGAGGUAUGCAAUUGUUCAAAAAGUGAUAUUAGAAAUAAUCCUGAUAUACUCAUUACAAAUGACGUUGAUGGAGAAUCUGUUUUAAACAAUGAUAUACCUAUCAUUUCUGAACAUGAACGACUGGAUAUGAACGUCGUUAUUAAUAAUAAUUGUUCGGAGCCAACAACUUUGAAUAAUCUUAAGUAUCAAAAUAGUACUGACCAUUGUGGUCUCAAAUGCAAAAUAUCAACUCCAUGGGGAGAAGAUUGCUUGUAUACGAUCUGUACUGAUACGUGUACAGGUCCUCAGUAUAUAACUUUGACGACCCCAUUGAACGAAAUUCCUGUUAGUUAUGCCGAAACUAUCAAAUUUAACGAUUUAGACAACGAUGAGCAAUCUAUUAUGGACCAGAGCAUCACACGUAGACAAGAAAUGCAGCCAAUGAGUGCACUCACUCAUACACAUGUUCUUGGUAAUAAUCGUGAUAAAACUCUAACUUUCAUAGUUGAUUAUCAUGAACAAGUCGGUGUACUUACUGCCGAUCGUAACACUAUCGUAUAUGAAUGGGUUCCAGAAAUGCGAGAGAUAAUUUACAACAAAGACAGUAUAUAAAAUUAUAUAUAUUAAACUAUCUCAAGAUAUCAAAAUGACAAUGUUAAAAAUUGUUGUCAUUUUUUCACAGUUAAAUGAAUAACUUUAUUACUAUUUUUUAAAUAAUUGAACAUUUUGUAAUUUUGUUUAAAUUUUUUAUAAUUUUUGAAAAUUAUUUCUCAUCUACCAUUUAAUUU